CGCCACGCAGUGCCCCGGCUCCCCGCACCAUGGGUGGCAAGAAGGUCUGCGUCGUGGGCUCUGGCAACUGGUGAGCACCUGCUGCAUGGCCACCCGGGUCCCCUCUUCGACCACAGCGCGGUCCCCGUCCUCCCCAGCGCACCCCGGUACCCGGUGCAAGCCGUCCCAGUUUCACCAGAACUCCUAGUGAGCUGUGAUGCACUGGGCUCCCCGGUGCCAGCAGCCUCGGUGCCCGCUGCCUACGGCUCUGCUCUGCCCACGCAGGGGCUCGGCCAUCGCCAAGAUCGCUGGCAGCAAUGCGGCGCGGCUGAGCACCUUCGAGAACCAGGUGAACAUGUGGGUGCUGGAGGAGGAGGUGGGUGGCCGGCGGCUCACCGAGAUCAUCAACACGGAGCAUGAAAAUGUCAAGUACCUGCCAGGGCACAAGCUGCCCCCCAAUGUGGUAGCUGAGCCAGACCUGCUGAAAGCCUGUGCUGGGGCUGACGUCCUCCUGUUUGUGGUGCCCCAUCAGUUUAUCGGCAAAGUCUGUGACCAGCUCAAGGGACACGUGAAGAAAGAUGCCGUUGGGGUGUCGCUCAUCAAGGGGGUGGACGAAGGACCAGAUGGGCUGAGGCUGAUCUCAGACAUCAUCCAUGAGAAACUGGGAAUAGAGAUGAGUGUCCUCAUGGGGGCCAACAUUGCUAAUGAAGUGGCAGAAGAGAAGUUCUGCGAAACAACCAUUGGUUGCAAGAACAUGCAGCAUGGACAGACGCUGAAGGAGCUGAUGCAGACACCGAACUUCCGGGUGACGGUGGUGCAGGAAGCUGACACCGUAGAGAUCUGCGGGGCUCUCAAGAACGUUGUGGCUGUAGGAGCUGGUUUCUGCGAUGGGCUUGGCUAUGGAGACAACACAAAGGCUGCUGUGAUCCGUCUGGGACUGAUGGAGAUGAUUGGCUUCGCCAAACUCUUCUGUAAGGGCCCUGUCACCUCCUCUACCUUCCUGGAGAGCUGCGGGGUCGCUGACCUCAUCACUACCUGCUACGGUGGCCGCAACCGCAAGGUGGCUGAGGCUUUUGCCAAAACUGGGAAGUCUAUUGAGCAGCUGGAGAAGGAGAUGUUGAAUGGGCAGAAGCUGCAGGGUCCCCAGACGUCUGCUGAGCUGCAUCGCAUCCUUAAAAGCAAGAACGCGGUGGAGAAGUUCCCCCUCUUCACAGCUGUCUAUCAGAUCUGCUAUGAGGGCAAACCUGUUGCCGAUGUCAUCAAGUGUCUCCAGAACCACCCUGAGCACAUGUAAGUGGGCUCUGCCUGCAAAAUCACUGAUCCUGACGAGAUGAGCGGAGAGCUCCUGCCCGCACCAACUUGCCCUGCUGCUACAGCUUUGUAAGGAGGCCAGAUUUCCUGGGAGCCUUUGCAGAGUGUGGGAAGGGCAGAGGUUCCCUUUCUCAGCCCUGGACACUGCCAGCCUGAGCCUGGCACCUGCACAGAGGUACCUGCUGAUCUCCCUCUCUCUUUGAAGGGCUCGUUUAGCUUCUGCUGCUGUCUAGGGUCUGCCCUGAGUGGGGCUGAGCGUCUUCCUCCUUUCACUUUCUCAUGCUGUGAUGGAUUCAGUUCUCGGGGGGACUCUGCCAGGUCACCUUGGUCGAUAUGGGCUGCGCAGGAGGCACUGCCUGGGAGGACAAGCUUUGCUAUUAGCCCCGUGGGGCUACUUUGCAUGAUACCAGCUCUUUCCUGCUUGCUGCUGUUGCUUUUGGCUUAACUGUCUUGUGGAGAGGGCACAGUUCCCUGCCAGGCUCCACCAGGGCGAGUGAAGCUCCUAAGGACUGUCAAAGGGGUUGAGAAUCGCUCUUCUUUCUAAGAUGCACCAGCACAGAAAAUAGCAUUCUUUGUCACCCUGCCACGUGCCACCACCAGCUGCUCCUGCCGAACGGUACAGCCAAAGCUUUAUGUGUGAGGGCAGCCCCAGAGUGAGACUUUAGAGCUUUUUCACUGAGAUUUUUUUCGCUCUCGCAAUCAAACCAGGCCCCUGCACCCGGCAAACUCUCCUGCUGUCACAGAUUUGCCUGUGCUAAUUCCAUGCCCAAUGACUGUCCCCGGCCAGCCUUUCUCCCUCGUAUCGGUUUGUCCUCUGGCUGGCUUUGGCAAUGCAGGGACCAACUGCCCCAAAGUCUUUCUGAGCAGCUGGCAGGCCGUGUAGCCCUUGGCAGUGUACCUGACAAAGCAGCUGGGUCAUGUUGCUUUUAGAUGAAUGAUCCACAGCAGCUUUUUGCCUUCUCUCUGGCUUGCUCCAGUCUGUGCCUUAGCCUGGUCUUUGCUUCUACAUGGCUUUAUAGGAGCUAAGAAAGCAGGUUCCAUGGUUUCCCUGCUGCCCCUCCUGCGAGGCUGCUGGAAACUGCCCGCUAGCACAAGGGGCAGCAAUGGACAUGUGAUCCACAAGAGGUACAAGGAGACCUCCAACAUCACAGGAGAGGACAGAGUUCUCAUGCCUUGUGCUGUGCCUUUGAAACUUGCCCCUUGUCCGGCUGGGUGCCACGUGCCUCUCUCGUCCUCUGAAGCUGGCUCACUCUGCUCAUGUUUGCUCAGGCCAGCGUGUCCAGCGGUUCACUGAUCCCUGUCUGGGCUGGCAGGCCAGAGCUGGUGCAGGUCUCGCUGUCCACCCCCGUUCCAGGUCCUAGUGCUGCUGGGUCGCUGACUAGCAGUGUACUUUACGAACAUUUAAAAUAAUAAUAAACUUGGAGAGGAGAGGGAAGACAUGCUCUGUGGCUCUGGUGCAUCGUUGUCUUUGGGUUGGUGCCUGCUGGACUUGCUAGGAGUGCAGAACAGGGCACUGUCAGUUCCCUCCUGGCUCUGCACCCUUGUGUGCUGUCCCAGAAACAGCAAGAAUGCCCCUGCAGGUCACUGUUCAGUCACAACGUAACAUGGUGUCUCACUUGCUUUUUCUCAGCAGCAGUUCCAGUGAUAAAAUUUGGCUGUAGGACCAAAGAGGGUUGAGAUUGCAAUGUCAAACUGGGUACAGAAUUCUAACUCUUCUACCUGGGGCCUGCAGGAGCCGGGCCAGGACUCCGCUGUGCCCCAUGUACCCCAGGCCUCCCUUUCUCUGAUGUUUUGGCUUCUUGGGACACGCUGUGUUGUUUUAUUCAUCUCUUCCCAACUGCUUUUCCCAGACUUGCCUUGUCCCCGUCUUUGAAAUGCAUCUCGUACUGAGUGACCUUUCCAGGACUGUUAGCCCUCCGCUCAGCCUCUUGCUAGGGAAUUUAAUCUGCUGGCACCGCAGUUGUUUCUGUACCUUUUAUUAGACACGCUUUCUCACUAGGCACCCUACGACCUUUAAAUUCAACUGAGCUAUCGUGAGGAAAGUAGCCAGCAUCGGCUUCCUCUAAUGUGGAACUUUAUUGAGGUUGGAGGGAGGAUAAAGGAAGUCCACUGUGUUCCUGUGGGGCUGGCACAACUUCUAGUUCCUUUGGUCUUGAAGUGCUUCAGGAAUCCCAGCUCAAGUGUUUGGCCAUGAGGCUCAUAGAGAAGAGAGGGUCUCUGAGCUCUCUUCCCUCAACACGUGGCGGUCUCUCAUCUUGGCUGGCUAAACUCUUGCCAGCACCUGCCUGAAGCUGCAGCAGGAUCUGGAAUAGCAUUUUGGACUUGCAUUCAGCUGUUAGCUCCUGGGCUGUGGAAGUGCUUUGUGCAUCCCUCCUCGUGCAGGUUUUUGUGACAUUAUGUGCUGCUGGCAGGGCCGAGCCCCUGCAGGCCCUCCCAGCAUUUGCUGAAGGUCCCAAGUCUCACCUGGGGCUGGCCGGUGCACAAGUCUCUUGCUUUUACAUGCCCCAUGCCUUGCACUGGUGCUGGAGUUCACGAGCUAUAAAAAGUCUUCCCUUUGCCAUUUGGAGUUAUGUUCUGCAGCCUCAGCACAUCCAGGCAC